AGUGCUGUUGUGCCGAUUCUUUCGUCAACAUGGUGGUAGUGACUGGGAUUCAUUCGUGGUUCCAUCACGGACUCCAAAACCGACUCUUUUCCCUGGCUUUGAGCAUUUCCGAGCGGCCCAAGACCUACACAUUCGUCCCCAUCCUUGUCACCAUUUUAUUGUCCCUGGGUUGCCUUUUUGGCCGAUUCGACGACGACAUCCAAGGCCUGUACACCGGCACUGGAACCCGCGUGGACCUGGCCAGGGUCAUGUUCAAGCAGCAUUUCGACAAGACCCAAGAGACUUUCCUUCCUGGCCGCAUUGUGGACCUGAAGGCCUUCGCGAGGGUCUUGGUGAUGACUAAAAACGGGUCGGAUGUGUUGGCCGAGGGCCCUUACGGCGAUGUGGUGAAGGUGGAGGAGUUCAUCAGAGGACUGAGUGUGACCCUGAAGGACGAAGAAGGGGAAGAUGGAAUACGUGUGGUGAACAAAAAGUGGAAGUACGAGGACCUAUGUGCACUCAAUGACGGGCACUGUGUCAAGAAUCCCGUGAUACAGCUUGGGAAAACGUUGCCAGCGUAUCGAAAGAACGAAACGGAAAUAACGUUUCCGGUUAUGAUCGAUGAUGAGGAUUUGUCCGGAAGUAUUUUCCUUCCGGGCUCUUUGGCAAAACCGCAGCUCCGAAGACGAGAUUCCAGUGACAAUACAGAAGACUUAUUUGACGAACAAGGGAUCAUACUUUCUACUCCGGGGGUAUCCUUGUUCUAUUUCCUGAAUACUUCAAGUUCCCAGAAUCUUGAAAGAGCAAAGCGGUGGGAACACAAUUUGAUGGCAAAGAUCAACGACUUCUCAAAAUCUUUGAAUCAUGUCGAUGUUUACUACUUCACGGGAUCAACUUUUGCUGACGAGUCUUUGCGAAUUGGACUGAAGAUGAUCCCGAUCUUCGGCUGCGCUACAAUCGUGGUCUUCUUCUAUGCACUGUUUUCUGGACUUAUGCGAGACCCGAUUCAGUCGAAGCCUUAUUUUGCAUUUGCUGGAUUGACAAGUGCAUCUAUGGCCAUCAUAUCAACUUUGGGCAUUACCUGCACAAUGGCUGUGCCCUUCACAGGGUUGUCCAUGUCUGGCCCAUUGCUGCUUCUUGGCAUUGGUUUGGAUGACACCUUUGUGAUGCUGGCAGCCUGGAGAAGUUCCCCAAAGAACCUCUCUGCUGACAAAAGGCUGGCACAUGCUUAUUCAGAAGCUGCAGUUUCUUUAUUCAUCACCACAAUGACAGACUGUAUUUGCUUCAUCAUUGGAUCUCUGACACCUUACCCAGGCAUCAACUACUUCUGCUUACUCUCAGGUAUUGGGGUGAUAGUUUUGUUGGCCUACCAGUUGACCUUCUUUGGAGCCCUCAUGUAUUUCAUGGGGAAGAAGGAAUGUGAAAACCGAGAUGCUUUGACAUUUGCGAAAGUAUCUGCUCCGAAAGAUGGCGAAAAACCAACAGGUUGGAAAUUCUUUCGAGAUUACACGUUACCUGCUGCUCAAUUGGAAAAGGCUAUGGAGUCAUCAGCCAUGGCUUUCUUUCGUGACAUCUGGGCACCGAUUAUUCUCCAUCCUGUUUCAAAAACUCUGACGGUUUUGCUGAUGAUCGGGUACCUGGGAAUAUCUGCCUACCUGGCCUCGGGGCUGGAAGUGAGCUUUGAUAGAAGUUACCUCGCUGAUCCUGACUCUGACGCUGUCAAGUUCUUCACUCAGGAAGAAGAGCAUUUCUUUGACUGGCCUGCUAGACCAAUGAUUGGGGUUUUUGGGGAUGUGGACUAUUCUGACAGAGUUGUUCAGAAGGACAUGGCUUUGCUUUUGGGUGCUGUGGAAAACAACCACAUGUUCGCAGGAUCCUUGUUUUCAGAUUUCUGGCUUCAAGACUUCCUUCAGUUCGUGAAAAUCAAUGAUUACUACGAACCGAUGGACAUAUCCAAUGAACAGGCCUUCAUCGACGUGCUCAAAACGAAAUAUUUAACCCCGGAUAAUGUGAUGUCAAAGGACGUGGUGUUCAAUGAGAACGGAACAAAGAUAGUGGCGUCCAGGUUCAUCGUUCAAGUGGCGGACCUGAGUUCCUUUGGCGAGUUGACGGACUCGAUGACAUUCUUGUGGCGCCUGACCGACACUUACAAGGAUCGCUACGACAUCCGGGUUUAUCAUCCCAGCUUUCGGUGGGCUGAGCAGAUUGCGGAUGUGAUGAAGUACUCGCUCAUGACAGGCACUGCUGCAGCAGUGUCAGUGCUGGGAAUUUCCCUGCUGCUGAUCCCUCGUAAGGGCGUCUCUGUUUGGAUCGCUGGGUCCAUCUUGUCCGUCACCCUGGGGGUGAUUGGGUUCAUGGUGGCCUGGGGCCUGAGCCUGAACCUGAUUUCCAUGAUCGGGUUGUUGCUGGGCACGGGUUUCUCUGUGGAUUUCAUGGCUCACAUCGCGUAUGCCUUCGCCGUGUCGCCGGCGGCUACACCCGACGGAAAGGCCAGGGACGCCCUUUACAGGCUCGGCGUGCCCAUCCUGCAAGGCGGCUGUUCCACUUUGCUCAGCACCGCCUUCAUCAACUUGCUGGAUGCUUACGUGUUCAUCGCCCUCAUCAGGAUCGUCGUUCUCAUCAUGUUGUUUGGGAUGCUUCACGCAUUGCUGUUCUUCCCAGUUCUUCAAAGUCUGAUAGCAGAGGUGACGGAAUGGUGUUCUGGACCUCGUCACACGGAUGAAGACUUGGAGAAAAACGAUGACAUUGCAUGCAAGGUCCCAGUGAUCCACAUGCGUUGCGGACACGGUCACUUCUCCCAGGCGCUGCGAACCAAGGCCCAAGAGAACGGUUGUCUCUGCGACACCGGCGACGACUCCAAUAAAACGAAACGGUCGCCCAUUUUCUACGACCCGGGCCUCGUGGACGGCGUGGACAAAUUAAUCUUCUACCCCGCAAUGAUCGUCUUGUCUCGCCGGGAAAGCCCCGAACUGGAUGCCAAGUUCUCGUGUGUGGCCAGGUCCGCACUGUCCACAGAGUCGUCCACUCUUCAGGCCGUGUCCCAGUUCAGCCUGGUCUCGUCGUCGACGUCGUCAGUGGAUGCGUCUACGUCGUCAUCCUCGGAUGCCUGUAGAGACGUGAAUGACAGAGACUCGCCUGAAGUCGUCGUUAUGGUUUAAAAAUGUUCGCAAAAAAACAAAAACGCAGGCAUUUUUUAUUUUUGUUUUUGCUUUGUGUGGAACAUCCAGUUCGUGUGAAUCUCCAGGUGUUUCUUCCUUUCUGGCGCAAAUGCUCGCGUUUAUGAAACAGCGUUUUUGAUGCAAGAGUCUAGCGAGUCGCAUUUUCAGGAGUUAACUGUCAUCAACGGAAAAAAUGUUCACACUUACUUAUUUGUUUUGGAAAUUACUCCUUAUCCAUGAAGAAAUCAUCAGCUCAUUAUUCUCUUGAGAUUUUUCUCAUUUGGGAUAUGAAAAAUUAUGGACAAUUUUUAAUAGGUAGUUACCCCGGUGCGGCAUGAUGAUAUUUUUUUGGCAUAUCCCGGAAGCAAAAUUUAGGAGAAUGUAGAUGCUAUUGGCCUUGAUGAGGAUCCUGUGCCUAAAAUCGAAACUUUUCCUGAGAUUCGAUUUCAAUUACUGAAGGGAUUUUUCAAUUCAUGAAUUUUUUACAAUUUUUACGAGCAUAUGAUGGGAAUAGUUCGAGCGUCUUUUGCUCAAGAAAAAAAAAACCAGAGCCUCAAUAAUCGUUGCCAAAAUUUGAGAGUAUUUGCAAGUGUUGCGAAAAAUCCAGCUUAAUCAACAGAUUUGUCAAGUUUUUCAUGCAAGACUAUGAAAACGUGUCAAAUAAUGCGAUUGUGCUGUGCAACUAUCAUUCCUAAACUUUUCCAGGCCAAAUCGUACAUCAGUUCAAAACUAUAAGUAUGUCUCUCAUUUUCAUAUAUUGUUAUUGUGUCAAAAUUUCCUAUCAAUUACAUAUGAUUUAUUGAAAAUGAUCGCAUGCAAUUUUAUUGUGUUGUUGAAGUGACCUGAAGGAAAAAUGCUUUUUUUUUUGCGAUUCGCAAGACUCUUGAGGAGACCCUCAUAUAUUCAGGUACCUGAACUUCCUUUGGGUACUAAUAACGUACAAUGGGAAAGUCGAAGGAAAAAAUGCUUUCUGACCACCUGAACAACUUCCCAAAAAAUUGUGUAUCAGGAAGAAUGAGCUUCGUUCAUUACUAUUAUUACAUGUUUUGUUACUCAUCAACUGACGAGCCAACAAAAGUUGAUGAGUGUGUAUUGUUCUAAUAAAUGAUGAUAAGUUUUCA